AUAACGGAUUUAUCAAAUCAUUUGAUUAUAACGCAUUUGAAAAUUGUACGCCAGUGGCGAGGGGAGCGUUUGGGACGGUCCACAAGGCAUACCUGAGAAGCAUCGAAAAGAAUGUAGCGCUGAAAAGUUUGCACCAAGACGACACCACCGCCGAAGACUUUAUAAGAGAGUAUGCCGAAGACGGAAACCUACGAUCUUACUUACGCGAUAAUUUCGAUAGGCUCGAUUGGAUCACGAAGUUGCGGAUGGCCAAAGAUAUCGCGAGCGGACUGAAAUGCAUUCACGAUGAGAACAUUAUUCACAGCGAUCUGCAUUCGAAAAAUAUUCUGGUUCACAGGGGCAGGUUGUUGAUCGCAGAUUUGGGCUUGUCCAAACCGUUGGAUAAUUUUCGCAAUUCUACCUCCGUUGCGGGAGGAAUG